UCUAUAAAAGGCAGAGACCAUCGCGACUUCCACCUUCAAUUUUACUCUCCAAAUUCUUCUUUUCAUUUGUUUAAUCUCAUUUAAUCCCUGCGAAAUUCUCUAGUUUAAAUUGUCUUGUUACACAUGUUAGUGUAAAUAUGGCAGGAAUCCCAAUUUGUGUUCAAUGUGGGACUACUAGCAACCCUUGCCGGUGCAAGGUGGUGGGUCCAACUCUUGGGUUCUUAGCGUUUGCAGCGGCAGCGGUGGUGGAAUGGCCGGUUGGUGCUUUUGUGUACCUCUUUAAGCACAGGAAAGGUCGGAGAAUCAUGGCACAUCCCGCCACUGUUGUUUACCCAUCAGUCACUAAUACUAUACCUAUUUGAUGCAUCAUUUCCUUUCUCAGAAAUCUGAUAUCUUGCUUGUCGUUCUGUGUUCUUUUAUGUAAUGGUGUACUACUGCACAGUGUUCUCUUUUGUUGUUAUGGUAUAAUGCGUACAGGUAUGUACGGAGUAGUAUAAUAAAAUAAGAGUGUUUGUCUUGUCUUUUU